AUGAAGACCGCCACCGCAAUCCUCGUCGCCUUCGCCGCCGGCCUGGCCGCCGCCCUGCCCAGCGCGUCGUCGUCGUCGUCGACCCUGGAGGAGCGUGGCGCCAGGUGGGAGGUCGUCCCCAGCUGCGUCCGCGACGCCGACUGCGGCGGCUGCGACGGCAGCAAGCAGUGGGCGAGCCUCCUUAAGGACGCCCGAGCGGACCCCUCAAAGCCCAGGGAGUGCGGCCGCUGCAGGACGGUGUACCGCGCCGUCCAGGGCGCGGACUACAGGCUGGCGGAGAAGACGUGCAUCAAGAGCCAACUUCGCGGUGAAUACCUCGAGAGGUUCCUAAACGGGACUAUCGCCGACCAGGAGGCGCAGGACCAGAGGAAGAAGGAGCUCGCCGCACAUGGCGUCGUUCUCGUCGGAUAA